GAAACCUCCAGCCCAGCACAGUGGACAAAGAGUCCACGCCUUCUUUAUCCCGCUGCUGUAUAUCCCCAACCCCCCCACUUCUGCCAACACUCACACUGAUACCUGACAAGGAUUUCCCAUGGCAUCUGUUUCUAUUUCUACACUCUCUGCCCUUCUUCUUUUUCUGCUCCACUUCCUGACAGUAUCCCCUGCCACACAAGAUGACCUUAUAAUCAAUACCAAGCAUGGGAAAGUUCAAGGGAAGUUGCUUUCUGUACUGGGUGGCAACAUAAGGGCAUUUCUAGGGAUUCCUUAUGGAAAACCACCGCUAGGGAAACUGCGAUUCCGAUCUCCAGAGCCCGCAGAGCAAUGGACCAUUGUGCGGGAUGCCACGAAAUUACCAAAUUCCUGCUACCAGUUGCCAGAUACAUACUAUCCAGGGUUCAAGGGCACAGAGAUGUGGAACCCAAACACUCCCCUUAGUGAAGACUGUCUGUACCUAAAUGUUUGGACCCCUCAGUUCAACAAAACCCAGCCACAGCCCCCACCUUUGGCCCCCGUCCUUGUCUGGAUUUAUGGGGGCGGGUUCACCGUUGGAACAUCAACUCUGGACAUUUACGAUGGGCGUUUUCUGAGCAAAUCUGAAGGCACCGUUGUGGUAUCGAUGAAUUAUAGAGUCGGAGCUUUUGGCUUUCUUUCUCUUCCUGACAACAAAAAUAUCCGUGGAAAUGCAGGCCUGCUGGACCAGCGCUUGGCCCUGCAGUGGGUCGCUGAUAACAUUGCUGCCUUUGGAGGGGACCCAUCAAAGGUGACUCUGUUUGGGGAAAGUGCAGGUUCAGCAUCUGUGGGCUUCCACCUGCUCUCUCCAGGCAGUAAAGAUCUUUUUCAAAGGGCUGUGAUGCAGAGCGGCUCCCCUAAUGCACCCUGGGCCUCAGUCAGCCAGGAGACGGCCUGGGAUCGGUCCACAACUCUGGUGAAGAAACUGGGGUGUCCCACGUCCCCUGCAGCUGCUUUAGAAGCUUGUCUAGAGAAGGCUGAUCCUGAGGAAAUCUCAUCCAAGCAAUAUGAAGUUCUCACAAAGCCUUCAAUUAUAAGCCUUCCCUUUGCGCCUCAUGUUGAUGGGAACUUCCUACCAGACACAAUAGAAGCGCUGUUGCAAACCACUAAACCCAAAAAGGACGUGCUAUUAGGCUUAAACAAAGAUGAAGGGACCUAUUUUCUACUUUACGGAAUGCCUGGAUUUAACCUUUCUGGCCUGAGUCUAAUUACAAGAAAAGAAUACCUACAAGGAAUACCCCUUGCGAUGGCUGACGCCAGUGAGGUCACCAGACAAGCUGGCAUUUUCCAGUACACAGACUGGGCAGAUGAGAAUAAUAGGAUGAAAAACCGGGACUUGAUGGGUAGUCUGGUUGGAGACCAGUUUUUUGUUUGUCCACUGCUUGAGUUUGUCGACAGGUACUCACAACAUGGUGGUAAAGCCUUCCUAUAUUUAUUUGACCACCGAUCUUCUGUCAACCCUUGGCCGGCGUGGAUGGGCGUUAUGCACGGCUACGAGAUAGAAUUCGUCUUUGGGAUGCCGCUCAAUGUCUCCCUUGGGUACACAAAGAAUGAAGUGAACAUGACCAAGAAGUUCAUGAAACACUGGGUCAACUUUGCCACUACAGGGAACCCAGGUCUUGAUGGAGCUAAGUGGCCCGUCUUCAUGCCUGAACAACAGGAGUACGUUACUCUCAACUACAACCACCCGGAACAAAAGAGGAUGUGGAGAGCUACAGAGUGUCGUUUCUGGAACAAAUUAAUACCACAAGUACAGAGAGUUUCAGAUGACUUGCAGACCUGUGUUGCUGCGAAUGGGAUUAAACUACACUGUAAUUACAUGUUCUUCCUAAUUGUACUGGUAAUAACUUUAAUCAUUUAAUAAUGAGAAGAGAAACAUUUUUCGUAAAGCAGAGAUUUUUAAAGUAC